GAUAGCGGUGUCGGCCAUCUUGAAACCGCGCUCUGAUUCAGGCAACUCUCGGAGACAUUACAGGACCACACUACUCAUUGAUUGACAUCUUAUCGUUCAUCAAGAAGAUACACUGUUUUGUGUCUUGCUUUAACGAAGAAAACAGAUACCUUUGUUUUCUAUUACUCACUAAGCGCUCAAGUAAACUCAGGAUUGUUAAAAGAACCGUCAUGGCGACUGCUACCCCAAGCCGUGAAGCUGGCCGGCUGGCGGCCUCUACACCUCUGUCCCCUACCCGGAUCUCUCGCUUACAAGAGAAACAAGAUUUGCAGCACUUGAACGAUAGAUUGGCCGUAUAUAUCGACCGUGUCCGGGCAUUGGAGCUAGAAAACGACCGGCUGAUGGUGAAGGUGUCUGAGAAAGAGGAGGUGACUACUAGAGAGGUGACAGGACUCAAGUCUCUGUAUGAGGCAGAGUUAGCUGAUGCUCGACGGGUUUUGGAUGAAACUGCUAAAGAGAGAGCCAGGCUCCAGAUAGACCUGGGCAAGGCUCAGGCUGAGCUGGAAGAAGCCACUCGCAGUGCCAAGAAGAAGGAUGGUGAUCUUGCAGCAGCAGUGUCCAGGGCCAGUGCUAUGGAAGGCCAGCUGAACCAGAGUGAAGCUGCUCUUUCUACAGCUCUAAGCCAGAAUGCUGCUCUGACUUCUGAACUGGCUGACGUCAAGAGCCUACUUGCUAAGGCAGAUGACAGCCAUGCUGUUGCUAAGCGCCAGCUGGAAGCAGAGACACUAAUGCGUGUUGACUUGGAGAACCGCUGUCAAUCACUAAGCGAAGAGCUGGAGUUCAGGAAGAGCAUGUUUGACGAGGAAGUGCGUGAGUCCCGGCGUCGCCAAGAGCAGAGAAUAGUGGAGGUGGACUCUGGAGUCAGGCAGGACUAUGAGUUCAAACUGGCACAAGCUUUACAGGACUUACGGAGGCAACAUGAUGAGCAAGUGUCUCUUUACAAGGAAGAACUGGAGCAAACCUUCCAGGCAAAGUUGGAUAAUGCCAAGAUGUCCUCAGAGAUUAAUGACAAGGCGAUAAGCACAGCCAGAGAGGAGAUGCAGGAGUCCCGUAUGAGAAUAGAGAGCCUUGGAUAUCAGCUGAGUGCCCUACAGAAACAGGCAGCUGUGUCAGAGGAUCGUAUCAGAGAGCUUGAGGAAAUUCUGUCAGCAGAGAGAGACAAGCACCGCCGUGCCAUCGAGGGAAAAGAGCAAGAGAUGAGUGAGCUUAGAGACAGAAUGAACGCUCAGCUCAGUGAAUAUCAGGAGCUGCUGGAUGUGAAGCUCGCACUAGAUAUGGAGAUCAAUGCAUACAGGAAACUGCUGGAAGGAGAGGAGCACAGACUCAAGCUGUCCCCUAGCCCAUCAGCUCGACUCACUGUCUCCAGGAUAACAGGAUCUUCCUCCUCCCGCACCUCCAAGAGGAAGAGAGUGGAGGUGGAGGCUAAAGAUGUGCCAGAGGCUGGAAGAGGAGAGGAGCAGCUGCUGGUGUCAGAAGAGGCCACGGCUAGUGGAGCCGUCACCAUAUUACCCACUGACAUGGAUGGAAAUGCUGUAACACUGAACAAUGAUACUGAGCAGGACCAGCCUUUGGGCAACUGGAGGUUGAAGAGACAGGUUGAUGAUGGAGAUGAGAUCAUCUACAAAUUCUCCCCCAAGUUUGUCCUCAAGGCUGGACAGUCAGUCACGGUGUGGUCUGCAGAUGUUGGGGUUACCCACAGUCCACCAUCUGACUUGUUGUGGAAGAGCCAGGCUUCCUGGGGCACUGGAAAUGACAUCAUUACCACUUUGAUCAACACUGAUGGCGAGGAGGUGGCCAGCAGGAGUGUAACCAAGACUCAGGUGGAGGUAGAGAAUGAAGAAGAAGAGGAGGGAGAGGCACAAACAGGAAAGGUGUCAUCCAGAGAGUGUGCCAUCAUGUGAAGUCUUCUUGUUCUGUUGCUGGCUUUGACUUCAACAUAAUAUUUUUUAUUUCUCCAGAGCCACUCAGAUAUGACCCUGGUCAUUGCCUCAUUAUUUGAUGUUUUUUAUUGUUUAAGACAAUAUUAGAAUUUUUGGACUAAUGGACUGUUUUUACUGCUCUUGCAUUUCUGGACCUGCUUUAAUAUGAGUAAUUUCUCUAAACAUGACUUGCAAUACCAAUGUUUGUGUAUCAUGCAAAGAUAAUGAUUGUGAACAUGUGUCACAAUCAUUAACAGUCUGACACAUGUGUGUGUCACUGUGUUGAGGUAACUGAAUAUUCCCACCCCUACUAACAUUACUCUACUUGUCAAUGAUUGCUUCCACUGGCUGUCUUUCAUUCUUCCUCAGUAAGCAUUUUGGUUUUAUUUUUCAUGCACUGUAGAACUGCACAUAAAUCAACUUAAAGAACCUACUAUAAUUUUCAGCCUAAAGAACAUCCCUGUAUGGCUCCAAAAUUUAGACCUUUUUGACCAAGAGGUCACGAAGUAUUCCUUAUCUGUAAUAUAUAUGUCUGUGGUUAUCCAGUUAGGUUUUGCCCCUCUUCACAUUUUUUGUAAAUGUAGAUGAAACUGCAUUGAUUUCAAAAGCCUGAUGAAAGGAUGCAUUAUGUGCGAUUGUGUUGAAAAACUGAUUUCUCUGAUCAAAUAUUAGCUUUUGAAUCCACUGCUGGUUUGCAGUCAUUUGUCAAGUGUUGGGCUUCAAAGCUUAGAUCACUACAAAUGAACUCCAGACCUUUGGGACACACACCUUUUCUCUCUCUGCCUCAUCUCUGUCCUUCAUUCCUCCCCUCUUUGUUUCUUCAAAGACAGCACCCAAUGAAAUGUGACUUAAUCUGAUCUCACUCUUACCUGGGGUGAGUCAGCAGCCGUGGCCAGUUAAUGUCACCUUUUGUGCAAAGUCCUGCAAAAAAUGGAACGAUGAUAUUUAACAAUUACUUAGUAUGUGCAGCAUAUUUCAGUCUUGUGUCUUGCCUCCUGUUGACAGUCAGUUCAGUAUUGUUGCAGUUCUGAUUCAGUUCAGCAACACCAUCUGAAAAUAAGUGGUGUUCAGGCUCGGUUGCUUUAAUCACUUGAGUCAAGAAAAGAAGCUGCAGCCACACACAAAUCUACAGACCAGAAAUAGGAAAGUGUGCAUACAGACAGGAGAGAAAAGAAAUUGAUCCUUAACUUCAUGUGAUAAUCAUGUCAUGAAAUUAGCAGUGAAGUGAACCACACUACAGAGUGUAGAGAUAAGAUGUAGAGAUGUGACAACUGUCACACAGGAAUGGAUCCACAUGCAUCUCCUGCAUCAAAGAGGUGUUAGGUAAUUAGGUUUACAGCCAUAAACAUGGUUAACUCAUGGUUAUGUGUUAGCUUUUUUAUAAUAACAGUAACCAAGGUAUAUCUGGUGGUGAUUUUCUGGAACCAUGAUACAAUAACAUUGCUGCUCCUAAAACACUAAAUUGCCAAAUUAUGGCUCAAGUUCUACUGACUGGAUGUGGGUUUGGUAUGUUUUUCCCAGUUUGGCUGUUGAAAUAAUGAAAAGAAAAGCCAUCUGACUGGCUUAAUCAGUCUAAAAUAUUAAACUGACAUGACAUCUAAGUACACAUGAGGUAAACUGUGAAACAAAACUUGUAUGAUGCAUUUGAAAUGAUAUUCAGAUGGUUGCAUUAUCUUCUUCUCUGUAGUCUCGUUAUUUUUGGAAUUGCAGUACAUUGUAUGGGAGUUGCUCUUAUUGUUUAUACACCUUGUGUGCCAUCUCGGGAAGCUCUAUUUCUCUUGUAUGUUUGUAUUCUGUGUUACAUUGCUAGUUAAUUUCCUGUAGAGUUUUGUCAAUGUAAUCUGUUUGUUUACAUGAAAUAUUUCAAUUAUUAGCUUGUGUUUAGGAGCUCUGGGGUGAUUAAGGUUGGGUGUAAUCUGAAGAGCAUAAAGUCCGAUUCCUGGGUGGCCAAACUGCCAUUUACCAGUGACCCCACGUUUAACAUAACGUCAUUUUGUAUAUAUCCUCUUAAUCUGAAUAAUAAUAAUAGCUACUAGUUGAAAAAAAAAAAUGUGCAAAAAAAGUUGGUUUAUUUGCAUAUUAGUAAAGACCAAAAUGCAACAUUUAGGACAGGUAAAAUAAAAAAGAAAGGAGGAUCAGUUAAUUGACUUGGAUCUGUUACUGAUAGUUGUUGUGACACAGCUCUGAAUUAAUAUUGAACAUAAGCACCCAAGUUUUAAUCACUGGAGCAAACACGUGUUAUGGUCAUGUAAGUGGGGGUGGGGCUUAAUUCAUUCAUAAUUAAGUGUUGUUGAACUGCUUUUUGUACCCACAAUAAACGUUUUACAUAUA